CACAGACAGACACACAGGGAUAGACAGACAUACACAGACAGACACACAGGGAUAGAGAGACAUACCCAGAGAGACACGCAGGGAGAGAAAGAGACACAGCGAGAUAAAGACGCGGGGGAGACACAGCAGGCAGCAUGGUGCUCGCGGACCUCGGCAGGAAGAUCACGGCGGCGCUGCGCUCCCUCAGCAAUGCGACCAUCAUCAACGAGGAGGUCCUCAAUUCUAUGCUGAAGGAAGUAUGUGCGGCUCUGCUGGAAUCGGAUGUAAACGUCAAGCUUGUGAAGACACUGAGAGAAAAUGUCAAGUCCGCGAUCGACUUGGAAGAGAUGGCAACUGGCCUCAACAAGAGGAGGAUGAUCCAGCACACAGUGUUCAAGGAACUUGUCAAGCUUGUGGACCCUGGGGUGAAGGCAUGGACCCCUGUAAAAGGAAAACACAACAUCAUCAUGUUUGUGGGACUGCAGGGCAGUGGAAAAACCACCACGUGCACAAAACUUGCUUACUAUUACCAAAGAAAAGGGUGGAAAGCUUGUCUGGUCUGUGCCGAUACUUUUCGAGCUGGUGCCUUCGAUCAACUGAAGCAAAAUGCUACAAAAGCCCGCAUACCGUUCUACGGCAGUUACACAGAGGUUGACCCGGUGGUGAUCGCGGCGGAUGGAGUGGACAAGUUUAAGAGAGAGAACUUUGAGAUUAUCGUGGUGGACACGAGUGGCCGUCACAAGCAGGAGGAGUCGCUGUUCGAGGAAAUGCUGCAAGUUUCCAAUGCUGUGAACCCAGACAACAUCGUGUACGUGAUGGAUGCCUCCAUCGGCCAGGCGUGUGAAGCACAGGCCCGGGCCUUCAAAGAUAAAGUGGACGUGGCCUCGGUCAUCGUCACCAAGCUGGACGGCCAUGCCAAGGGUGGCGGUGCACUCAGCGCAGUGGCAGCCACAAGAAGUCCGAUCAUUUUUAUUGGCACAGGAGAACACAUUGAUGACUUUGAGCCUUUUAAGACACAGCCCUUCAUCAGCAAACUGCUGGGAAUGGGAGAUAUUGAAGGGCUUAUUGAUAAAGUGAAUGAGCUCAAACUUGAUGACAAUGAAGAAUUGAUUGAUAAACUCAAGCACGGUCAAUUUACCCUUCGAGACAUGUACGAACAGUUCCAGAACAUCAUGAAAAUGGGACCCUUCAGUCAGAUAAUGGGUAUGAUCCCAGGCUUCGGGACGGAUUUCAUGAGCAAAGGAAACGAACAAGAGUCUAUGGCACGUCUCAAGAAGCUAAUGACUAUUAUGGACAGCAUGAAUGACCAAGAGCUGGACAACAAGGACGGGGCGAAGCUGUUCACGAAGCAGCCCGGGCGCGUGCAGCGCGUGGCGCGCGGGGCCGGGGUGUCGACUCGCGAGGUGCAGGAGCUGCUCACGCAGUACACCAAGUUUGCACAGAUGGUGAAGAAGAUGGGAGGAAUCAAGGGGCUUUUCAAAGGUGGCGACAUGGCAAAGAACGUGAACUCGGCACAGAUGGCAAAACUCAACCAGCAGAUGGCGCGGAUGAUGGACCCCCGUGUGCUGCAGCAGAUGGGUGGCAUGUCAGGCUUGCAGCACAUAAUGAGGCAAUUUCAGCAAGGAGCAACAGGCAGUGCAAAGGGUAAAUUGGGCAUGGACAGCCUCUGAAGGUUGUUCACUUCUGUGGAUCCGGCGUGCAACUUUGGGAGGAAGAAGUUCACUCGUUAAAGUAACCUCGCCCAUUGACGUUACCAUUGUUGAUUAAAAGUGGUACAUGGGACAUUCGUGUACAUACAUUAGUCAACGUUGAGUUCAAAUGCAUAUUGACUUUAUGUUCCAGUCUGCAACACAAUAUUCCAGCUGAUGAGGGUUAUUUUCUGUAAACAAUACUAGUUUAUUUAUAAUGAUCGUACGCGAUUAUUUGGGAAAUUGUAAGGGGUUCACAAUUUAGGCAUCUGAAUUGUUAACUGGGACUGUUGGCUUCUUUAGCAUUGCUUUUGCUUUCAAACUAUGUUUUGGUAAUUGUAUGCCUAUUCCGAAAAUAUUUGGAAAAUUAUCUUACAUCUAGCAAUUAGAUGUGAUUUAUAAACACACUUUUUGAAGUGUUAAAAUACUUAAAUACAAGUGUGACAGUGAUGUAACAAGAGGAUGCAUCGUUAACUUUUUAAUUCAAAGAUGUGGAUGGUGAGGCACACGUAGAAUUGCAUUAAAUGAAAAUAUCUUGUGAUGCAGCUACUGCUGCUCUGUUGGCAGCGGUACACAAGCACAAAUAAGAACAAAAAGUAACAUAAUAGGUGACGUUUAUUUAUAGCACAGAGAGGACUGUGUGCUGUAAAAGAAGGGCCGUUGUUUCAAAGCGUCACCUAUUAUCAACACAAGUGUUUUUGAUAUCUGACGGAAAAAAAACAUUUCUACUGUUAACUUUCUCACCUAAGGUGCUAAAAGUUGAACGUUCUUUUUGUUGAGGUGCCUCGUGGUCAAAUCUGGUUUGAGUAUGUAUCCCUUUUGUUCCUUUGGUUGUGUGCUCGACUCAAUUGGAAGGCUACAAGUUAAAAUCCUGGCUGGCUAAACUUCGGCCAUCCCUUUCAGGGUCAGUAAAUUUCAGUAGCAUUUAUGUGGAACGUAACUCAGCGGUUUGUCUUUUUGGUCGAUUGCGAGGCGCUUGCAAUGAGAGUGUGAGAAUCCCACGGCUGGAUCGCAACUGCCAACCGGUGAGUUUUGUUAGACGCAUAAUUGAGCAGGCACUGACUUUUUAAAUGCAACGUACAAUGUGGGAUAGCGUUGUCUUCCCAAACUGAACUCGUUUCCGCCCAGCUGCUUGUAAUACGGUUAGAGGCUGAUGAGGUCAGAAUGCUUGAGGAUAAUUGGCAACACAAACCACGGGUGUCUUCACUCGCUGUAUGUGUUGGUUGUGUAUGGUGGGAAACUUGGUCAAAGCAUGUACUAUAAAACAUUUUCAAAAUUCUAAAUGAGAUCUUUAUAUAUAUUUUUAAGUUCAUAUGGCCACGUCACUUGUAAACGUUUACCAAGAUUAAUUGAUUAGUGAGCAGCCAAAGGCGUACAUUGGCUGCGUAGAUUACCUUAGGAAGUUAGCGUAAAGUUCCGCAUGUGCCACCCCAUUAAUGCCGCUAUUAUAUUUGUUUUAUGUUCUAGGGUUGACAUUUUUUUUAAAUGUGAAGGGUCAGCAAAUGUUAACAUUCUGUUCUUAAAGCGUGCUGUUGUCUUUGCAUUUGAAUAAACAAUUACUGAUACGA